CCAGCAUGCGCAAUGUCCGUGCGCGGGAAUAUGCGCAAUCGAUAUUAAAAAUUUUAGCCGUCAUCUGUUGUGUUGGUGUGCCUAUAUUUUUGAGAAUUUUGCAAAUAUUUUUAAUUCCAAUAACAAAACGUUUCGUUAAAUUCAGUGACCCAUAGCAUCAGAUUCCCGUUGAAUUCGCAAGAUUCAAAAUGUUCUCGUUUCAUCGACCAAAAGUAUACCGAUCAACUACAGGGUGUUGUAUUUGCAAGGCCAAAUCAAGCAGUUCCCGGUUUACCGACAGCAAAAAGUACGAGGAGGACUUCCUGGAGUGCUUCAAGCUAUCGACGCCCCGCCAGGGUGAGAUUUGCAACGCCUGCGUGCUGUUGGUGAAGAGAUGGAAGAAGCUGCCGGCCGGUUCGGACAGGAACUGGCAGCACGUGGUCGACGCCCGCGCCGGCCCCGGCAUCAAAUCCAUGACGAAAUUCAAAGUGAAGAACCGCAAGCUGAUGGAGGAGAAGUCCGAGAAGCUCAAGAUGAAGAAGCAGUUCGAGCGCGAAGACAGUCCCGUCCUCUCCGACAAAAGCGAAGGUAACGAAGAGCAAGACCUCCAGGACGUUGAUUUCAUGUGCGAAGAGAACCCGAGCACCGAGUCCAGCAGAACGGCCAGUCCGGGCAUAAGCGAUACGGAAGAGGUAGUGGAAAAAAGCCGGAGGUAUAAAGGAUCGGCCAAGCGCAGGGAAGACUUCGGUAUGCUGAGAGUCAGCGACUUCGUCGACUUGGACUACUGGAAAAAGGAAACGAUUUGUUGCGGAACCGUCUUCAAGGGACUCUACAACGAAAUCAUGAUCGAUCCUCGCUUCAUGAAGCCGUGCCGCUACCGCGCGUCGGCCGGCUGCAAGCUCGGGCCGAGCUCGACGGGUAAACCGGAGGCCGAACAGUGCGAGAGCGGCUCUUCGAAGGCGUACAGCGAUAGCAGUUCGGAUUCCGGCUACGACGAAUCGUCUAAUCAGGGCUCGACGCCGGUCGCCGGACCGGACAAUGCCACUUUUAAGGCGCAGUGUCUUCCGCUGCCUCUUAACAAGGAACAGGUCGGGUUGGAGGAGGUGAAUAGUCGAAUUCCAGAAACUUUGGUAAACUAAUAGAACUUCCCGUAUGUCGCUUCGCUAUUUUAGGUUGUUUAUAAUUUGUAAUUUAUUCCUAUAUAGAUUUUUUUCGUUGUUAUAUUUGUAACAAGUGUACACAGAUUUUUUUGUCCAGAGAAAGAUAUUUUAUUAGGUUUUAAUUGCAUAAGUGGGUUAGGUUAAUUUUUUUGAUUCGUUUUUAUUAGUAAACGGCGUUGAGUAAAUUAGAUAUCUUGUAGGAGAAAGUAUAUUUUUUCGUCAAUUUAAGGCUAAAAAAGUUACCCAAUGUUUUAAUUUUAGUGGUUGUUGAACCUUUUCGUCAUUUAUAUGAAAAUAUUCUUGCUGAAGAUUCAUUUUACAAUAUUGAAGAAAAAAAAACCAAAGACUUGUGUUAAGUUUGGUUUCACUUAAAUGACCGACAAAUAUGCUGUAUCCUAAAAUAUCGUUCAAAUUGCAAAUCAGUUAGGACUUAAAAUUAACUAUCCGUCUUUCCCCGUAGAUUUAAGUUUUUGCGUCAUUUUUUUAUAUGAUAUUUUUUCAAUUUUGAUGUAAUAUUAAGUAUCCACUACACAUAUUUAUCGACAGUACAAAGAAGACACACAAAUUAAGCGAAUAUUUUUAAGUGCAAUAAUUACAAAUGCGUCUGAUCUCAGUAGAGAACUUGCACUGAUUAUUACAGAACUAAAUCGUUUUAUAUGUAAUCAUCAGUAUUACUGAUCACUACCAGUUGCAGCUAUCGAUUACAAUGAUUAUUCCCAGGCAUUUUCUUUGUGUGUUAAAUACAACGAUUUAUGUUUUACGCGAAGAUGUACUUAAGUUGGAAUUCGUUAUUGCAAUAAUACAAAGACUGUUUGAAUUUUGUGGAUAGGCUGCAACAAAAGUAUUCAAUUCAUCUAUCAGUAAUUACUAAUACUAACUUAACAAUAUUUGUUAAAAAUGUGAAAUUCAAACGUUCAUAUUGAAGGUUGUUCCCUAUACGUUUAUUCGGAAUUGUUCCUUGAGAAUUUUAUCGCUCGUUAAUUUUCUGAUUUUUCUUCGAUUAUUAUUGCUCUAUCUGAGAUGAUAAAAUUACUCUAAAAAACCCCUUUUAAGACCUUACCUAGUCUAAAUGUUGUUCUUGUGUUUAAUUUUCGGCUCUAUUUUGUAUUCAAAUAAGCAAUAAUGUGCUCUGUGUUAAUUUUUUAUGUAAUUUAAAUGUUUUGUAAAUUGAAAUUUGGACUAAGUAAUUGCAAUACCUUUUGAAAUUACAUUCAUAUCAUUGAUCGUGGUGUCUUGAAAAAACUGCCAAACAAGCAAAGAAACUCUUUUACUCUAAUAAGAACAUGUCUAAGUUAAUUUUAAUCAUUUAAUUAAUUUUAUAGAUUUUGUAUUUUUCUCAAGAUUUAAUUACUGUAUGUAUAUUGUAAGUUUAUAAAUUAAUUUUGUAUUUUACGUUUUUUUAAUAAUUUGGUGCCAUUUGAAUAGUUGGGAAUGAAUGGUAUAUUUUUAUAUUUUUUGUAAUAUUUUUAUCAGAACUCGUAGAUUUCUAUGUUAGCCUUUGUAUAUAAUUUUCUCGUAUAAAUCGGCGGAAUGAAGGAUAAAUUUCUCGGUAUCGUUUAACAGUAGCUUGAUCUAUAUUCUGUGUAAUGCCGUGAAAUUUAACUUCAUUUCGCCUCGCGAUCCAGAAAUAUUUAAUUGAAACAUUUUGUUCGUUACUAAUUUUGUCAAGCAAAAGUCGGUAAAGAAAAAUCGAAAUCGUUAAAAUUAAAUUCUAGUCCCAAUAUCUUUUUUCGAGAAAUUAGUCAUGUAAAUAUCCGGGAAGCGGAUGUCAUCACCGAUCACUAGUCAAAUGCAACAUUAUAUACUAGUUUUUGUACAAAAAGACCCUUAUUGUCUGAGUUUUGAUUAAAAUAGCAGUUCAGGAAACCCAAUUUUUCUAAAAUGGUGUCGCAAUUUUCGUCUUUCAUAUCAGCAUUAUGGGUAACUAAUUUUUAACUCGAGUCCAACACAA